AUGGAGAAAACACCUAAGGCGCCUGUGGCCAGCAGCCCUGCCCCUGCAGGCGCCAGACCGGCAUGGGUGAGGAAAGACCAGCCUCACGCUGAAAAGCAAUUUGUCUUUGAAAAACCAUCAGAGGUGGAGCGCAAAGUCCCUGAGGCAGGUGUGAUAGACAAGUCUGGUGUGUAUGAGCUCAGCAAAGUACCAACUGGCAUUUCUAGGAUUCAUUUGGUUCCUGGCUUUAUUGAUUCAGAACAAGCAGACUGGAUGUUUGAACAACUCCUCCAAGACAUACCCUGGGGUCAGAGAACUCACAUCAGACAGGAAGUAUCUUUUGAGGAACCAAGGCUUACCUCCUGGUACGGGGAACUUCCUUACACGUACUCUAGGAUAACAAUGCAGCCAAACCCAAAUUGGCAUCCUCUGCUGACCAUGCUAAAGGAGCGCAUUGAAGAGUUCACUGGCUAUACCUUCAACUCUCUUCUCUGCAACCUCUACCGAAAUGAGAAGGAUAGCGUGGACUGGCACAGUGACGAUGAACCAUCACUGGGAAAAAAUCCUGUCAUUGCCUCGCUCAGCUUUGGUGCUACCCGGACCUUUGAGAUGAGGAAGAAACCCUCUCCUGAAGAGAAUGGAGACUAUACUUACGUAGAAAGACUAAGAAUCCCACUUGAUCACGGGACUCUGCUGGUGAUGGAAGGAGCUACCCAGGAGGAUUGGCAGCAUCGAGUGCCUAAGGAAUAUCAUUCUAGAGAUGCACGGAUAAACUUGACCUUUAGGAUCAUUUAUCCAGAACCUGAUGGAGUUUGGAAGUGAAGAAGCACUUUGGGCAUUGUUGGAUAUAAACCCACAGCAGAUCCAGAGCCUCAGAUUGCUACAGAUUUAAAGGAGGCCUUACAGGAACAGAGUUCUGUGAAAUAUCUGAUGGGGAAAAGAAUCGAUGUUAUGAAGAUCUUUGACAAUCAGAAGCUGCCUGUGUUAUGUGGACAGUGCUGGUUUUUUUUCAGAAAUGAUGUGCUAUUAGAUGAUACGAAAUCACAGUUUGUUAAAAAAACAAUGAUCAUUCUUAAAAGAACACAAAGCACAUGAAAGAUCUGAGAGGUACCGACUGGAGCAGAAAGAUUCAUAGAGUAAAUACUCUAUGCCUUGUAACACGUUACCAUUGUUAGGCAAGCUAGCGUCCCUCUUCGGUGCAAGAAUAAGUUGGUGUUUAGAAAAUGUCUAUCUUUUCUCAGCCAGCAUUUGCUGUAGUUUAAAAUUCUUAUUUGAUGAGAGCAGUCAAGUUAUUAAUACUCAAUUAUGCCUAUGUUUUAAUGUUAUUGAUGACGUAAAGGGCAGACUGUUGAGCCAUUUCUAUCCCUGUGCUCUGAAAUUGGGCAGAAUAAUUUUCUUUGUAUAUCAAACAACUCUAGAAGCAGCUUCUCUACCUAAAGCACCAUACAGAUUUUGAAAUAGCUUAUUCUUCUAAAGUGAAUGAAUGUUAUUAGAAAACUUACUUUGUUAUCUAAUAAUGUCUUCACUUUCCUCCCAGUUUGUAUAGAAGUACGUUUUUGGAGUAUGUUUAAUGUUAAUUCCUUGCAUUUGAAUCUAAGAUCUGGGCUCUGUGACGUAUCCCCUAAGAAUUAGUGUUGAAGGAGGCAGACACUUACUUUCACGUUUACUUUCUUCGGGUAACUGGAGCUUUGUGCACAUCCCUGUAUGUGUGCCCAGGUUUGGCAGUCCUGACAGAGAGUGGUUUUCCUUAACCAAGAGGCAGUGCUAAUUUCUCCAGGUAUUCUCACAAGGCAACACUUUAGCCUUUAUCAGUUCAUACAAGCUACAUUUAUUUGCACUGUGUUAAGAGCAGUCAUGCUGCAAUAGAGAGCAGGCAAUGGGGGCUAGAGGGAAACUUUUAAAUCCCCAAACCUCAGCCUAUGGAAGUUGCAACUCAUUUGAAUUCAAUGAAGCUGUGACACGCAGCUGAUGGUAGGGCCCUGGAGACUGGUACUCUUGCGGAAGAACAGUUUUUCACUUAUUUUCUUGGUUUCAAUUUAUAGUGUUAGCAAAUUGUGGUUUAGUUUCUUUACUUCCUUUGAUCUGGGAGAAGACCAAGAUUUCCUCCCCAACAGUAAAAUGAUUUAUAAGAGAAAUGCUGCAUUCCACAGAGCGCUUUCGGGGCAAUACCCUUUUGUUUGCUGGUGUCUACUAUGUUUUGCGCUCUCUCAUGUGUCGACUGUGCUGCUGCUUGUAUCCAAAUCUGGUGGACAGUGGAGAAGAAGGCACAUGGCAUCAUUCCUCCCCCUGUCCUGCGUGCCCUGGCUGCAAGGGGAACAGCUGGCGUAGAGGUCAAGUUUCUUUGUCAGCCGGGAACUUGUGGGUCCUUCCUUCCUCCCCCCACCUCCUCCCAAAAAAGUCACCUAGCCAGGUGGCAGUAGAUUGCAACCUCCUGCCUGCCGGGACAGCAGGAAAUGGCUUAGAGCAGAGGAGAUUCCAGCCCACAUCUCCUCAGGAGAGCUUUCUGCAGGGACAUUUUUCCUGUAGGUAGAAAUUUGUUCCUGAAUGCUGCAAGCAGUCUUAACAGUUCUCAAAACUGAUGUGCGCAGAAGUGAGAUUUAGGAAGUCUUGAGCCUGGUGUUCUCGUGGCACCUAAAGAUUUUUCAAUAGAGACCAAGGCAACUUGAAAAUUCUUUAAUGCUAGUAUUCAGCUGUUUCUGCUGUUGGAGUCAAGUGCAGAGGGUAACAUACUUAGAAUGGUAAAUACAUGGUUAGGUUCCAUUCUUUAACUUAAAGAUAGCUGGAGGAACCUGUCCCCUAGUUACAUGGAUUUGAAAACAGUAUUUCUAAAAAUGCUACCCAAAAGAUUUACUUUCCAGUUAUAAGGCUUUUUUCCUUCCCAGGACUGUUUUGACACUACAAUAUUCCCAGCCAACAGCUUUUUGAAAAAAGGUUUAAACUCGGAAUUCAUGAUAUUAAUUUAAAGUAAAAUACAUUGUUUAUCUGAAAACAAAGGUUUA